AUCAUUCAUUACCUUAUUUAUUAUUUCAAUAUAUUUUUAUUCAAGUUUGCAUAUCUUUUUUUUGCUGAUCUCAUGAAUUAGUUUGAGGAAAAUGAAUAGGAAUUUAUUGAAACGAAGGAAUAAAUAAAACGUUUACUAAGAAAUUCAAAUUCCAGGAAUGUAGAAUAGUAAAUAUAAUCAGAAAUGAAAUAGUUAAAAUUUAGCUUAACAAGUAUGGAAUAAGAGUCUAUUAGCAUAAAAAAGCACUAAUAAAAAGUUAAACAGUAUUAAAAUGAAUAUCUGUAGCUAUAGCAAGAAAUAAACUAGAAAGGAAUACAACUUGCACAAUAGGCACUUUUCGGUAAAUAGUUUGAUGCCUUAAGGGUUCAAGAAAAACAAUAUUAGUAACACAAUAUGAGUGGAAAUGAUGACAAUGAAAUAUAUAUUAGCAAUCUAAGAUCUAACAAUACAUUAAUUGGAGCUAAGCAUGAUAUUUACAAAGCUAGCCAAUAUGCUGACUCGAUGUAAUCUAACGUUAACGCAUAGAAUAAAUAAUUAGACAAAGUAGUUCAAAGAACUUAACAUAACUAGAGGGAAUUCGACCAAGCUGAAGGCGAUAUUAAUACUAUGUAGAGAAGGAUUAACCUAAAUAAAUGCUUAUUAUAUUCACUAUUUGCUUUUAUAGUUGCUGGAUUUCUAUUUAUAAUAAUUUAUAAAGCCUUCUUGUGA